AUAACAGCAAAACUCAAGGCAGAACUUCAGGAAUUACAACCAGAACCAAAACCGGAUUUAAACUUGAACUAUGGACUUCGACCUAGAUUCAAAUAGUUGGACUUCCUUAAGAUGUCAGUGGAAUUGUGCGUUUCUGUCACUUUCAUCAUGAUAUAAUUAAUAGACACUUCAAGUACCAACAGGAAAAUGUGGUAGGUUACAAAUAUUUUAGCAGGAAAUUCAUAACAGAAGUUCUUCAGCCAAAAGCGAGAGUAAACCGGGCAGUAGGAUUUGCUGAACUUUUGGACCAGGAUGAGUCGUAAACAUCGCGAAGACAAAGCGACGCUCAUUGGCCUGGAGGAGCAACCGGAGACCAGCUACGGCAGCAUCAACGCCGAACCGACCAAUCAGAAUGUACCAGCGCAGCCCCCAGACCAGAAUGUUUUCAGUGACGGGAAGACAAAAGUUGAUUUUGUGCUGGUGUGGGAGGAGCCUUUGGAAGCACAGAAGGAGGAGUCUAACUCAGAAAGUGUCAUUCACGCCAAAUGGAGGGAGGCGUUUCUGAACCGACUGACGCACUCUGGACUUUUAAUCGAAAAGAGGGAAGUGGAGCAGGUGAAGUCGCGUCUGUACUUUGUGCUCCUCAGCGCCCCCUGGAAUGUGAUGUGUUUCUAUGCAGAGGAGAUCAGCCUCAGGGCACCACUACAGGUCAUAAAUUCAGAGAAUUUGAACUGGUCUGAAAAAGUCAUGCAGAAGUUGUCCAUCCCAAACCUCCUGAGCCACGACGUCCCCCUCACCCCCCCCGACUACUACACCUGUGAGUUCAGAGCCAACAAGCUGGACAGGUUUCUGGGCAGUGAUGACAGGGACAACUUUUUUAAGCCCACACAGCGACACCAAGUUCUGUAUGAGAUCCUGUCACGCACGCCCUACGGCUCAGUGAGGAGGGGGCAGGUGGGCAUCAACCGACUCAUCAAUGACAACGUGUUCAGCGCAGCCUUCCCCCUGCACCAGGGCAGUGUGGAGUCCUGCUCUGGGACCCCCCCUCAGCCCCUGACCCUGCGGCAGGUGCUCUUCUCUCACUGGGCAGCCUGGAGCUGCUGGAGGAAGUACCAGCCUCUGGACCACAUCCGCGAGUACUUUGGGGAGAAGGUUGCCCUGUACUUUGCCUGGCUUGGGUUCUACACGGGCUGGCUGCUCCCGGCCGCGGUCAUGGGGCUGUUCAUCUUCCUCGUGGGCUUCUGGGUCAUGCACACAGACCAACCAGCGAGGGAGGUGUGUGACAGUGGUGGCUCCUUGGUCAUGUGUCCCGUGUGCAAAAUCUGCCCCUUCUGGAACUACUCCAGCAUCUGCCUCACCUACAAGGCAGGUCUUCUGUUUGACAAUGGCGGCACAGUCUUCUUGUCCGUCUUCAUGUCUCUGUGGGCGGUGACGUUCUUGGAGUACUGGAAGAGGACAGGUUCAAUCCUGUCCCUGCGCUGGGACUGCUCCAGCUUCCAGGACAUUGAGGAGCGUCCACGUCCAGAGUUCACAGCCAUGGCUCCAAUGACCAUCAGGAACCCAGUGACAGGAGCCGAAGAACCCUACUUUCCCAACAGGUCACGCCUGAACCGGACCCUCACCAGCUUCUCCAUCCUCAUCAUUAUGAUCGCUGUAGUGCUGAUCUUCCUCACCGCCAUCAUCCUGUACCGCUCCAUCAUCACUCUGCUCAUCUACAACUCCACCACCGGGUUCAUCUCUGACUCAGCUACCAAGAUCGCCAGUCUCUCUGGUUCAGUUUUGAAUCUUGUGGUGAUCUUGAUUCUGUCCAGAGUCUACACCAUGUUGGCCCAUAUCCUGACGCGCUGGGAGAUGCACCGUACUCAGAGUGACUACGAGGACAUGUUCACCCUCAAAGUGUUCAUCUUCCAGUUUGUCAACUUUUACUCAUCCCCGGUCUACAUCGCCUUCUUCAAGGGCAGGUUUGUUGGAGUCCCUGGAAAAUACAACACUCUGUUUGGGGUCCGCAAUGAAGAUUGUGGGGCAGGAGGUUGUCUCAUACAACUGGCUCAGGAGCUUCUGGUCAUCAUGGUGGGAAAACAGAUCAUCAACAACGUCCAAGAGCUCCUCACUCCGAAGUUGAAGACUUGGUGGCACAGGCGGAGUUUUAGGAAGGGCAAGGAUGAGGAGAAGAAACAAGAAGUGCCGCCAUGGGAGCGAGACUACCAGCUGCUGGUCUGUGAGGGGCUGUUUGACGAGUACCUGGAGAUGGUGCUGCAGUUUGGUUUCAUCACCGUGUUCGUCGCAGCAUGCCCUCUGGCCCCUCUCUUCGCUCUGAUCAAUAACUGGGUGGAGAUUCGUCUGGACGCUCAUAAGUUUGUGACUGAGUACAGGAGGCCUGUGGCUGAGCAGGCCCAGGACAUCGGCAUCUGGCUCCAAAUCAUGCAGCUCAUCAGUCACAUCGCCGUCGUCGCCAAUGCCUUCCUCAUCGCCUUCACGUCGUCCUUUUUGCCCAGAGCUUAUUACAAAUUCACCAGAGACUCUUCACUCCGCGGCUUCACUAACUUCACCUUGUCCAAUUCACAGAAGAGCUACAUGGACAUCCACAACUCCACUUGCAAGUAUCAAGAUCUGCGGGAUGAUGACGGGAAGUACAGGCCUGAGUACUUUGAGCUGUUGGCCGUCAGACUGGGCUUUGUGAUUGUGUUUGAGCAUGUGGUGUUCACCGUGGGCAGGCUCAUCGACGUAAUGGUCCCUGAUGUUCCAGAGGAAGUGCAGAUAAAGAUCAAGAGAGAGCACUACAUGGCCAAGGAGGCGCUGGCCGAGAAUCAGGCCUUUGGGAAAAAACUGGCUCCACUUUUGGAGGAGGAUUCCAUGGUGCAACUCCAAGUCCCUGCCGAUCCAACCCAGUCCUGAGCACCAGUCUAAUACUGUGGAAUAUUAUAUGGAGCAUUAUAUGGAUUUAUACAGCUUAAUACUAUUUAUUCAUGUGUUUUUAUAAUGCUAUUUUUGUUUAUUGGGUUUUCUGGAAGGUGAACUACAAUUCCCUAAAUAUGCCAUGGUAAAAACUUUCUAUCCAUGGAAAAUAUUCAAACUUACCUGUAAACCUGUAUACUGUAAAAAUACAAUAAAACAGUACAGUGAAACAACA